UUUAUAUUGUGACAUUAAAUUUUUCUCAUUAAACGUAAAGAAAAAAAGAAAAAACGAGGAAGCAUUUUUUAGGCGGGAUUUGUUUUUUUGUACUUUUUUAAACGGAUCAUCUACUCUCUAAUUUUAAACUACCCACUAAAAUGAGCAGGCUUAAGGCUCACAUAAGACCAUCAGCGCGGCCACAACCACAACCACCACCGCCUCCGCCGUCAACCACCACAACAAAGUCAUUCAAUUCAACCAUAAACCGCCUUUCCUCGGCGGGUUCUCACCGUGAUGUACUCACCACCUUUUCUACAAUGCUCAACUGCCAUACUCCUCCAGAUGCUCACACUUACCCCUGUCUUUUCAAAGCCUGCACUUUCCUCAACAAAUUUUCAUUUGGGAUUUUAUUACAUCAGCGUAUUAUCAUUCAUGGGUAUUCUUCAGAUUCCUACAUUUCAUCUUCUUUGAUCAAUUUCUAUUCGAAAUUUGGUCGAGUAAAGAAUGCACACAAUGUGUUUGAUUUAAUGCCUGAGAGAAAUGUAGUUCCAUGGACUUCUCUAAUUGGGUGUUACAUGCAUUCUGGGGAUGUUAAUAAGGCGUUUCGAUUGUAUAAUUUGAUGAGAUAUGAGGGAAUUUCACCUAGCUCUGUUACCAUGUUGAAUAUCUUAUCUGGGGUUAGUGAAAUUCCAUUGUUGGAGUGUUUACAUGCUACUGUAGUUCAGUUUGGUUUGAUUUCUGAACUUAAUUUGGUUAAUUGUAUGUUGAAUUUGUAUGGAAAAUGUGGGAGAAUGAAAGCUGCUAGGGACUUAUUUGAAGCAAUGUUUGAGAGGGAUAUUGUUUCAUGGAAUUCUUUGGUUUCUGGUUAUGCUCAAGAUGGGAACUUUGAGGAAAUUUUGAAGCUGUUUAAGAGAAUGAAGAGUGAUGGUACUAUUGGCCCUGAUCAACAGACGUUUGGUACGCUUUUGAGCGCCUCCGAGACUUUUCAAACUGAUGUUGAUUUGGGAAGACUGAUUCAUGGACAGAUUAUAACUUGUGGAUUGCAAGUGGAUGCACAUUUAGCAACCUCACUUGUGGUCUUAUACUCGAAAUGUGGAAACGUUUGCAGUGCAUUUAGAGUAUUCGAAAGGGUUUUGGAGAAGGAUGUGAUUCUUUGGACAUCAGUAAUAUCUGCCUUUGUACAGAAUGAUAGUGCAUGCGAUGCAUUGAUGGUGUUUCGUCAAAUGCUGGGUUCUUGUUGUACACCUUCUACUUCAACGAUAGCUACUGUUAUUGCUGCUUGUGCAAAAAUGAGUUCACUGCUACUUGGGAAAUCAGUUCACGCGUACCUACUACGUCAAAGAAUGACUCUAGAUAUCCCUGUUCAAAAUUCACUUAUUACAAUGUAUGCAAAGUGUGGUCAUUUAAGGCAAAGUCAUGCUAGUUUUGACAGUAUGAGUGAGAGGGACAUAGUUUCAUGGAAUGCAAUUGUUGCAGCAUAUGCUCAAAAUGGUGAUUUGUGGCAGGCUUUGUGCUUGCUUAAUGAAAUGAGAUCAACUCUUCAACAACCUGACUAUAUUACCAUUAUUUCUCUGCUCCAAGCUUGUGCUUCCACAGGUGCCCUCCAACAAGGGAAGUGGAUCCAUAGUUUUGUCACUAGAACCUUUUCUCAGACUAGCAUCAUGGUUGGUACAGCUUUAGUUGAUAUGUAUUCAAAAUGUGGUGACCUGAAAACAGCUCACAAGUGUUUUAAUCAGAUGCCAAAACACGAUAUUGUUUCCUGGAGCACGAUUAUCACAGGAUAUGGAAGUCAUGGAAAAGGGGAGAUGGCUUUAAAGCUGUAUUCGGAUUUCCUAAUUUCCGGGAAUCAACCAAAUCAUGUCAUUUUCCUUUCUGUUCUCUUCUCUUGUAGCCAUAAUGGGAUGGUUUCUGAAGGUCUGAGCUUAUUCAAUUCUAUGACUCGGGAUUUUGGAAUUAAACCAGAAUUAGAGCACCGUGCUUGCAUCGUUGAUCUGCUCUGUCGAGCUGGAAAGAUUGGAGAGGCAUAUGAAUUCAUUUGGAAAAUGUUCUCUAAUCCUACAACUGAUGUUUUAGGUAUACUUCUCGAUGCAUGUAGGAUGAAGGGUGAUGCUAAACUUGGAGAAAUUGUUGCAAGAGAUAUCAUGAUGCUGAAACCUGCAUGUGCUGGAAAUUAUGUGCAACUAGCUCAUAGUUUUGCUUCUAUGAAUAGAUGGGAAGGGGUGAAUGAUGCAUGGAACCAAAUGAAGGUUCUUGGACUGAAGAAGCUCCCAGGUUGGAGUUAUACUCAGCAACAUGGGGAGAUUACCACAUUUUUUAAUGGUCAGAGUGACCAUCCUCUAAAUGAAGAAAUGAUGUGGGUCAUGGAAAUUCUUGGUUAUCAAAUGGAAGAACUGAGGUUCAAUUUCAACCUGAGUAGCUGUGAUCUGAAUGACAUUUUCAAUGAAAUUGAUGUUUAAGGCUACGUUUGGUAGGGUGUAAAACGUUUUCGUGGAAAACGAUUUUCCCCUUUUCAAUCAUUAUACGUUGUUUGGUUUGGCAAUAGAUGGAAAACAAUUUUCCAUAUCUCUCUCAAAGGUGGAAAAACCUUUUCCAUUUGAAAGGGAGGGAGACCACUUUUCCUCCUUACCUCCCUUUCCCAUUCCCUUUUCCAUUAUGUUCGCUAUGGGAGAGAGAAACUAGUUUGGAAUUGUAUUUUCCCUUGGAAAAUGUUUUCCAUGGAAAAUUAUUACAAUGAAAACGUUUUACACCAAACCAAACGGAGCCUAAAUUACACGAAAUUUUUGGGUGAACAAGGUCCUAUUCGAACAUAAUACUCAGCAUACUUGGAAAGUUAAUUUGGUGACAGCAGUCUGAGUCAUUCAGUCAUCCUGAAGAUUCAUCUUCCAGCUGCUGUCUGGUACUGCAGACCUGUGUGCCAAUUACCAUGGUCUGGGGUAAAUUUCCCAAUCAAAGUAACACUAAUUGAACAUAUAGAUGGUUAACUUGUGCAAAUAUAUAGGGAAGAUUUUAUUGUAGAAGUGAUUCUUUGACAGUAAAUCGGUUCACAUUAGAGAUGGGAAGUAUGUAUCUUAUCUGUGUUCUACAAUUCUAUUCAUGUUAUGUGUUGACAUAUUGAUGGUUAACUUGUGCACAGAUCUAUGCAGGUGUGAUUCUACAGAUCAACCAUUUCUGCAGGUGUAUGUUCGAGUGGCAUGAGUAAUUGGUUCACAUUAGAGAUGGGAAGU